CUACAUUUCCCAUGAUUCCUUCUGCACUUUCUACGGUCAAAGCGUGUAUGAUUACGGUAACGAGAAGCCGGUGAUGUGAAGAUGCUGCGGAGGAAACCCACGCGCCUCGAGCUCAAGCUGGACGACACGGAGGAGUUUGAAAGCGUCAAGAAAGAGCUGGAGAGUCGGAAGAAACAGAGGGAUGAGGUGGAUGUCGUCGGUGUCGCCACAUCCAGUGAGAUGAGCGGAGCAGCGGGUGGCGCUGCUGACGGGAAAACCAGAGAGCAGAUGAUUCACGAGAGAAUCGGAUACAAACCCCACCCCAAGCCGAACACGUUACCAUCGCUCUUCGGAAAUCUUCAGUUUUGACAAGUGCCAAUCCUGAACAAUGGACUAUAAGGUCUUGAGAAUCUGUAACACAAACACGCACACAGAACAUAUUCUGCUUCAAUCUUGCCAGACCACAGAUGGACAUAAACAUUAUGGCUUUGGUUAACAGUGUUUGUGAUAACUGAUUUCAAAUGACUAUUUUUCUAUUCAAAUAAAUAAAGCCUUUCUAGUUGGAUGUGGAAAA